AUGGAAUCAUUAGUCAAACUAAACGUAAGACUUUAAAAAGUAUAGCUCUUGAAACUUGUUGAUGUUUAUGAAUAGCUUAUUCAAGUCACACCACCCUAUAGUAGAUUCAAAGCUAUAUACUUGAUUUCUUAGCUGGAGGAGAGAUCAUGCCCUUUAGUUUAAGUUCCUUACUACGACGAACUUCAAGAACUUUAUGAGGAAGAAUUCAAAUUUGCGUUAUCAAAAUCAUUAGAUAUUCAAUCACCACAAGCACUUUUAUAAAUAGCUCGAUCAUUAUAAAAGGCUAAGUACUUAGACUAGAAACUUCUGAAUAAUAUUUUCUUGAUUUUCCGAGUUAUCACUUCAUAUGAUUAGUUCUAGGAAAUUAGACCAUAGGAGAUUCAUAAAAUCAAUGAAGCAAGUGAGUUACUCUAGAUUUUUACCCAUUUUAGCAUUGAGAAUAAAAUCUUAUCAUAAGAUAUAAAAGCUCUUAUACCAAAGCUCCUGGAAUUGAAAGAUUUAGAGGAUAUUUAGGUGUCUAGAAUUAAAAAGAUAUGUUUAAGAUAUUUGAGAUAUCAACUCCUAUACUUAGAUAAAGGCUCUGACAAUAUUGAUUUGAUUAAAGAGAUCAUCAGACAUAUUUUGCUUUUGAACAAAAAACAACCCAACAUAAAGGAUUUUAAUUAGUUGUAUCAGGCGAUACUUGUCCUUAAGCCACAUAUUAAAGGCUUUUAGUAGGGAAUAGAGGAAAAUCUUCACAAUAUUUGGAAUAAUAGCUUUUAAAGUAGCAUUGUUUCUAAAUUCGAGUAAGAUGUAUAUGAUAUAGCUAAGAAGAUAUAUCCUGAUUGUAAAACUAACACAAUUGACAGUUCAGGCUAAGAAGUAGAUAUAAUGAUUUUGAUUGAUUAAAUUAACCCUGAUGGUAUCAAUGAAAAGACCCUGAAAAUAGCGAUUGAAGUUAAUGGUGUUUAUCAUUACUCAAGAAAUUCCGAAAACUAGAUGGGAAGAGAUAAGAUUAAAACCAAAAUACUAGAAAAUUUGGGUUAUUUUGUUGUAGAUGUACCCUACUAUCAUUGGUAUAUUGUAGAGGACGCAAAGAAAGAGGAAUUUUUAAGGGAUAAAAUCAGACUCUCACUUUAGAAUCGCUCAAAUAAUUAAUGA